GCAAGAGUCCUACUCCUACACUUCUUCUCCUUAUAACGAUACUCCACAGAGAGAGAGCUCGCCGCCUCGUCUAGCCCUCGCAUCCUCAACCUCAUCGCAACAAUGAUCAUUUCAGAGAAGAACCGGCGCGAGAUCUCCAAGUACCUCUUCCAAGAGGGAGUUUGCUAUGCGAAAAAGGACUUCAAUCUGGCGAAGCACCCGGACAUUGAUGUGCCGAAUCUACAGGUAAUAAAGCUGAUGCAGAGCUUCAAGUCGAAGGCGUACGUGCGCGAGACCUUUGCUUGGAUGCACUACUACUGGUAUCUCACCAACGACGGCAUUGAGUUCCUCAGAACUUACCUCAACCUUCCCUCAGAGAUUGUCCCAGCCACUCUGAAGAAGCAGGCCCGGCCUGCUGGUCGGCCCUUUGGCGGCCCAUCCGGAGAUCGCCCCCGUGGCCCUCCUCGUUUUGAGGGAGAGAGGAGAUUUGGUGACCGGGAUGGGUACCGUGGAGGUCCCCGUGGUCAGGGUGGUGACUUUGGUGACAAGGGUGGAGCGCCUGCUGACUACAGGCCUAGUUUUGGGGGUCCUGGUGGAAGGCCUGGCUUUGGUCGUGGGUCUGGUGGUUUUGGUGGGGCCCCAGAGAGCUCAAAUCUUGCUUCAGAGUGAUGGUUCCUACAUUGCAAGAUUUUGACAUUUAGAUUUUUAAGCAGAAUCCAUUUCGUUUGCUGCAUAUGGGAGUUCAAUAGCAAUUUUUCUGGUGUUUGAAAAUGUUAAAUGAUGGAUGGGUAAUAGUUACUAUUUAAUUUUCUUGGUUUUUGAA